AUGCAGAAGCGCCAAGUCAAGGAGUUCAUGGGAGCCUUUGGCGGUCUCGUAGAGCACUGCUUCACCUCGUGCGUCGACGACUUCACCUCCAAGGCCGUGUCCACCCGCGAAAACGGCUGCAUCAACCGCUGCGUCACGAAGUGGAUGGCUACGCAGCAGCGUGUCAGCGACCGUUUUCAAGAACACAACGCGCAGCUCACGCAGCAGAUGCAGAAUAAAUGA